AUGUACAUACGCGAUAACAGAUAUAACAAUGAUGAGCAUAAUCUCAUGAGCAAGGCAGAUCGGCAUUUCGCUAGAGCAAAGAAUCCUGGCAAACGGAAGUAUGAUAAAGAAGACGAGAAGAGAAGUGAAGAUAUCCUCAAUUCCCCUAUUUUUACAACCCCUCGAGUCCGUGAUCCGCAUGAUUCUACCGCCCAGAGUACUGGGCCCCAGACUUUCAUGAAAAAUGAUGCUCAAGAGGUUCCAACAUUGGUGUAUGCUAACCGUUUACCGACCCAAAUUGUCGUAAUUGAACACAACCUUCUCAUGGAAAAGAAGGACCCGAUCCAUAACUGGAUCACAGAACUUCCUCGCCUGAAACACUUGAUUAAUGAAGGAAAAUUUCACGUCGAGGACAAUUAUCAUUACUUUCAUGCUACUGAUGAAUGUCCACCAUUGAAACUCAAGUCAUCUUUAUUGAAAGAUCAUCUUGGUAGCGAAGAGAAGAUUAACAGAUUUCCAGAAAGUUGUAUGCUCAAAAAGCGAGGGAACCAAGCUGCCGUUCAUCGAAGACGAAAACAUUAUUUCGGAGAUAUGAUAGGCUGGUAUAUUGAUAAACAUCCAAAUAACUUCGAUAGCAGAUAUUGGAAGAUUCAAGUCAAACAAUUUCAUGAUAUAGAAAGGUGCUAUCUUUAUGGAAAAAAGAGCCACCCAGAAGAUCAUUUGAAGUUUCUCAUGGAGUAUAUGAGCUGGAACCAAAAAGUCACCAGAUUUAAUGUGAAAGUGGAAGCUUUUACUACCCUUGUUGCAGAGUCUGAUAUCUACAAGAUCGAUAUCCACUCAAAUUAUCCAAGACUUCCGACUAUAUGGACUUUGAGAAUGGAACGAAAAGAUGGAAAACCAUUCGAACUUGAAGCCCAAUGUACAAUUUACGACCCAGAGGACAUCCGAGACUUCGAACUCAGUUCACUAUACGAUUCAAAAACAAUUCACGAAGAAGGUGCCGUUAUCCAACAAGUUUCUCACUCAUCGUGGUGCGGAGGAGAUGUUGGUCGCUGGGACGUUCAAAUCUUUCUCUAA